AUGGUCAGCAGCAGCAGCAUCGUCAUCGUCACCAUGUCCGGCAACGCGGCGGAGGCAGGCGGCGACGCCGCGCAGAGAACAAGGGCCGGCACCAACGGCGUCGGGGCUAGCAGCAACCGGAUUCAGGUGUCCAACACCAAGAAACCGCUCUUCUUCUACGUCAACCUCGCCAAGAGGUACAUGCAGCAGCACGGCGAGGUCGAGCUCUCCGCCCUCGGCAUGGCCAUAGCAACUGUUGUGACAGUAACAGAAAUUCUGAAGAACAACGGUUUCGCCGUCGAAACAAAGAUCAGGACAUCUACUGUGGAAAUCAAGGAUGAGAUGAGAGGGCGACCAAUCCAGAAGGCUAAGAUUGAGAUAGUGCUGGCAAAGAGCGAGAACUUCGACGAGUUGAUGGCCACAGCUGCGGCAGAAGCAGCCGUAGGCGUGGUCGAUGGCGACGAGCAGAACUAA